AUGUCGUACUCCAGCCGCGUGAGCCAGAUCGCUGGCCACCUUAAUUACCCCAAGGGGCUAUUGGCAGGGCAGGUCGCCAUCAUCACCGGGUCGGGCCAAGGCAUCGGCGCGGAGACGGCGAAGCUCUUCGCGAACGAAGGUGCCAAGAUUGUGGUGUCGGAUAUUGACAGCAAAAAGGCCGAGGAAGUGGCGCAGCAGAUCAACGAGAGUGGCGGCAGCGCCAUCGCCGUGCCCGGAGACAUGCUGGACGACAAGUACAUCGACGAGCUCGUGAAGAAGGCGGCCGAGUUCGGCAACGGCAAGAUUCAUAUCAUCGUAAAUAACGCUGGCUUCACGUGGGACGGUGUUAUUCACAAGACCACGGACAAGCAAUGGGACACGAUCCUGGCGCUUCACAACACGGCGCCCUUCAAGCUGGUCCGCGCAGCGGCACCCUACUUCCGGGUCAAGGACGGCGAGCCGCGCAACGUCAUCAACAUCUCGUCGACGUCGGGCCUGCACGGCAACGCGGGGCAGGCCAACUACGCGCUGGCCAAGGCGGGCGUCGUCGGGCUGAGCAAGACCAUCGCGAAGGAAUGGGGCCCCGCGUUCGGCGUGCGCGCCAACACCGUCGCCUUCGGGCACAUCCUCACGCGCCUGACGGCGGCGAAGGAGGAGGGUGCGUUCGUCACCACCCCGGACGGGAGCAAGGUCGCGCUCGGGAUCCCGAAGGCCCAGGGCGCCGCGCGCGCGCAGGGCGGCUUCCCGGACAUCCCGCUCGGGAGGCCUGGCACUGCAACCGAGGCGGCGAGCGCGAUUUUGGCCGUCGCGAGUCCGCUGUUCAGCUAUGUCAGCGGACAGACCAUCUCGGUUACGGGUGGAAGGAACAUGUAG